GGCUGGUGUGAGGGUCAUUGUUGGUGUAACAGAAUUUAAGGCAGAGUUCAGUGGAAUGCUUGAUCUUCAUAAAAGGUUUGUAUGCAAGGAGUUUACAGUCAAACCAGUUCAAGCGUUCCCGUCGCUAACGAACUAACCAAUUCAUUAACAGAAGAAUGAUUUCGUUUGUUGAUUCAAUAAUCCAUUCAUAAAAUGAACAAUCCAAUAUUCAUAUUUAGCCUCGCUUCCAUAAUCGAAUGUUGAUUCGAUUACCGUUUUUUGAAAAACUACACUUUCCACAAGUCGACCUCAGAAUUUUGUUUUUUCUUCUUUUUUUUCUAAGAGUCGAGUGCGGGCGAGUUCUGAAGUUCAAACCCAAACAAACUGUUACAUGUACGCCAUUUUGCUGCCAGUAAUCAGUGCAACAGACCUGACCUCUUAGAAAACAGGAUGGUCAAACUAAGGUCAGUGUAUGUGCGAUGAUAGGUGGAUUUCGAUCCCCGGCCUUUGUCAGUUUCUUUGCGUUUGUGGUCUGUCUAUUCUAGCUGUUAUUUUGAUUAAAGGCAAUGAAAAACCCAAUCGUAUACAGCAGGAAAAGGGAAGCAAAUACAGGUAGAUUUUGUUCAUAAACUAAAUCAACAUUUAAUUAUCGAGUCGAGGUCCAAUUUGACUGUUGGAUUAUUCAUUUUAUGAAUGAAUUAUUGAAUCAACAAACGAAAUCAUUUUGCCAUUAAUGAAUUCAUUACUUUGUUAGCGACGGGAACGCUUGACCUGGUUUGACUGUAAUAUAGCUGCACAUAUUCUAAAUCUAAAUGAUUAUUCAAAAAGUGGAUUAUCCAUCACUGUGGUGAAAAUGAAUUUUGGGCUGAAUGGAAAGCGCGGCCCUCAGGUACCAGAAUUAGGAUUAGCCAUUAUUAAAAAAAACACAGCUCAACCUUUUGCGUUGUCCUUAAUAAAUUGUUGAUUGUAACUAGUCAGAAUUUUUGUAUCAAAUUUCAGGUACCCAGAUUUCAUUGCUCCAUGCCUUGGUGUUCAUCCAGUCCAAAGCCUGACCCCUGAUCGUAGUGCUACUCUACAAGUAUGUUGACAGUGGACUUUUUGGUACAGUGGAACCCCUCGUUAUAUCUUCCUUGAGGCCCUGCCAAAGUGGGGGAGGGGGGGGGUCCCUUGUCGCCGUCUGAAUUUUAAAACGUUUCCUGUCGGUGUUUAUAAAUGCGUGUCGCUUAUUGUCGGCUUUGUUGUCACUGUCACAAUUUGGCCGAGGGAGGUUGUUUCUUGUCGCGAUUUCAUUUUACUCGCUGUCGCUACUUUUUGGGCCAUGUCGCUUGUCGGAAUUUACCCUGGCAGGGCCUCCUCCUUGGCCACUUUUUUGGCCCAGCAAAAUGGCCAUACAUUUUCUUAUCAAAAAACCCCUGAUCGCUAAUACAGUCACCUAUCAAUACAGCCAACAGCCACAUUUCAAAAUCCCAAACAGUAGAAUCUUUAGCAAUUACACCCCUUUAAUAAGGCCACUUGUGCAAAAUUUCAAAAAUUAAUAUGACUGUGAUGUGUCAUUGACUUAGUAAGCUGAGCUUGUUUUUGUACUGUUGUUAGACUAUACUCACUUACAAUGCAUUUGUGGCGGUCUAAAAGCGGAUUUUUAAAAGUGUUUUAUUUCCUGAAGGUCAGAGCCAGUUUCAAGAAGUAACAGAAACAAUGGUGUAGAGGAGCUUAAUUCUUUUGGAAGUCUUGUGAACAUUAACAAACAUAUUUUAUAAAUAAUACAAUGUAUUAUCCACAUCAAUUUUUGUACAAAAAUGUCUUAUAUUUUAUUAUACAUAUAAGAUGAACAGAUUUGUUCCUCUUUCAGGAUUCAGUUCCAAGAGAAUUUUUCAAGAAUUUUCUCAAAUUUAACAAGUUGGAAAGAUGCCUGGAUGAAGUUUAAUAAUAAUAAUAAUAAUAAUAAUAAUAAUAAUAAUAAUAAUAAUAAUAAUAAUAAUAAUUUAUGAACUUAUUGUGCACAGCUUAACAUGAAAAUGAUCAGCUGCGCAUUACAACUGCAUUACUUUAAAAGAAACAAAUAAAAGAUAAUGCAUUAAAAAAUAAAAAUAAAAAGAAUAUAAGAACUGAAUAUAAAAUUGCUCACAAAAUAUAUAUAUAAAUUUACCUUAUCUCGGAGAUUUCUCAGUAUUGUAGCUGUUAAUAUUAGUUUUACAAGAAAAUUAUUUAUAGGGCUCCGGUCCCCACUAAUUUUCUUGUAAAACUAAUAUUGCUUCUGUUAAACUAAAAUGAUAGGAUCUUGAAGGUGUUGAAGAGUUCAUCAGAAAGAAUCAUGAGGAGCUGGUUGCUAUUGGAGAGGUAAGAAUCGUUGAAGAUUGAGUUUACAGGACUGCAAAAAAAAAUUUUCUUACUUAGAGUAAGGAUAUCACUUGAUCUCAAGGCUUGAUUAUUUUUAAUGUGCUGUAUAUAGGUCACCUGAUUUGGCUAGGAGGCAGGGUGGCUGAGUGGUAAGAGCGCCGGACUUGCAAUUCGGAGGCCCUGAGUUCAAGUCUUGCUCUGACUGCUAGCUGGAUUUGUUCAUGGUAGUCCCGCGUUCAAAUCCUCAGCCAUGAUUGUAAAUAGCUAGCUGGGAUUCUCAAUCCCUGUUAAGUUGAAUUUGAAUUAUUUCUUUCAGGCAUUUGUUCGGCCCCCUAGUAUUAGUGCUGAGGGUAAAUAAUGAAAUUAUUAUUAUUAUUAUUAUUAUUAUUUUUAGGAUCAUCAUGGGACUGAAAGUAGAGUCCAACAUUUGACCAUUGAAGAUGCUGAUAUCUUGGUUAACACUACAUUUUGAUUUUGUUUCCAGGGAUAAGGAAAAGUCCCUUUUUUCCUACAAGAAAAUGUAACUUGUAUUUGACCUCACCUAUUACAGGAUUUUAAGCUAUUAUGACAGCCACACUCAUGCCGUUUGGUGCUAAGAAGCUCUGCAAGCAGUAGCUGAGCAUCAUUGAACAUCAUGAUUUAUGAUUUAUUUUGGCUGUUUUAAAUAAUUCUUUCUCUAUCACAAGGUUGGCUUAGAUUUUACUCCAAGAUUUAUUCAGAAGGAAGAAGAUAAGGAAAUUCAAAGGGAGGUCUUCAGCAAGCAGGUGUGCAAUUGCUUUUUAAUAGGCUGUUUGUUGGCUGUAAAUAAUUUGUUAGGUUCUUUUACAACUCCUGACUAUUAUGUUUAGCUUCCAUAUUAAUUUGACUAUGAGUAUCACAUGCAAAAUCUGUUCAUUCAUAUUUUUUGUUUAAUUUUGUUUUACUUAAUUUUUCUAAGACAGUAUUAAAAUCUUUACCUAGUUAUGUAGCAUUAUUUUAAAUCAAUAUUGACAUUAACAUCUGUUAUUUACAGAUUAAACUGGCUCUGGAACUUGACCUUCCAUUGUAAGUUUGCAUCUAAAAGAUAUUAUUCAUUGUGUAUAGAACUACCCAAACAUGUAUAAUAAUAAUAUAUUUAAACAUUUACAUUAAUGACUUCAUGAGGUGCAUGAUUUGGUUUUCUGUGCUCCAAUGAUCUAAAGAUUGUGUCAUGAUGUGGUAGUAUUAAUAAAAUAAUAGUUAAUUAGUAUGGUGGUGGCAGAGGGUGGGGAGGUGGUGUCCUGGCCCAACUCUUGUAAGAAAAAUUAAUAAGAACAGGGCUUCUUUUAGGAAAAUUAAAGCCCUUUAAUACUAGCUGGCUUUUUAUUUUAUAGUUGAGGUGCGGCAAGAUGUUAUAGUUUAAGUUUUAUGCGGGAUAUUCUUUUUGUGUCAUUCUACCUAAAUUCCAGGGUUUUGAAUUUGAUAAUUUUGAUUUCGGAUCAGUUGUUCCAACACAUCAUCCUAUAACAUGAUUUUGACCUGUUUUAUAAUUGCUGCUCAACACUUUAAUUACUUCUUGUAAUUGGUUUACUGAUGUCGAUACUGGUAGAAAUGUCCACUCCAGAUCAGCAGGAAGGCAUGUCAUUGAAAUGCUGCAGCAACAUGGUAUGAACUGACAUUUCCUUUCAUUUUUCAUUGAAGUGGAAUUAUAAAAAAACAUUGAAGAAAAAAAUUUUAUGUUAAGUAAACUUAAAUGAUUGUCAAGGUUUCACAUAUCACUCAGAUGCUUCGUUCUGUCGGAGUAGGUAAGAACUUCUCUGAGAUUACCCAGGGGCACCCUACUUCAAAGCAGUUUAACCGGAUUUUUGUAUGUUUGAUCUCAGUUCAUUUACCUGCAAGACUGGUACCAAUAUCUAAAAGAACAACUUAAUGAUUGUAGUAACUGUUCAUUAGUAGGAUUUGACAUUUUUUUUAGCUUGAUACCCAGGGGAACUUAAUAGCUCCCAUUUGAAAAGGAUGGACCUGCUUGUUAACUAUCUGUCUGUCAUCUGUCGUCCUGUGUGUCUGUCUGUCAUCAGUCAUCUGCUAUCUCAUCUAUCCAAUCUAUAUUUCUAUCUGUCUGUCUGUAUAAUUAUCUAUCUUCCUUAAAAGGUAAUGAUAAGCAGCUCCAUCAUUUUUAUUGAGGGAGUUUACCCUGCAGGCUUUAGAACUGGAGCCUCAAAAAAAUUUAACCCCUAAUUCAUCCUUAAAGUGUCCAUUUCAAGGUAAUGAAAUUUCCAUGAAAAUAAGUUCAUGGGAUUUUAAUAACAUUUUGAAAAACCCAUUAAUUCAAUGGCAAGUUUUUUCAUGGUGUGUCAAUUCAUGGUUUUUUAAUGGCUUGCAAAAUAUAUCACCCAUGAAGAUUCCAGGGAUGUGAACAUAUUCAUGGCCUAUGAAAAAAAAAAAAACCACAACCUUUCAUGGUAUUUUAAUGACUUGAGAAAGUAAACUCAGAGCACAGUGAUCUCAAUUAGUUACAAGAAACUUUAAACUGCAUUUUAUGGUUUUCUUAUCCUGCUAUUGUUCUUUAUAUCGCAAUGUUUGAGUUUCAAACACUUUUGAAGAAUUCUCUUCAAACAAAGAAUGGUCGUCAUUUUGAGGUUUUGAUCAAAGUUUUAAGAUUCAAAGCAUGUAGAGAACAAGUUUCGGACUCAGUAAGUUCUUUGUGGUCUUCUACAAAUUCUAGUUAUAUAUUUUCUCAAAAAUUCCCUUGCUUGCCUUUUUCUUGUUGAAGUCCAGUGGAAUUUUGCUACUGCUGUAACAUGAUAAUUUCUCCCAUUUUUUUGCUACUGUAAUUGAGUCUGAGUCAGUCCAGACUCGUUGUCAUUAAUUCCAAGACUCAAUUAUUUACUGGCUUAAUUUAUUUGGAAUUAGUCCUAGGAAUUCUUAGUUGCUGUAUGAAGCCAUUCCCAGAAAUUCCAAGCUUUUAUAUUGUUCCUAAUUUGAAUGGCUUAAUUUAUCUGGAGUUGGUCCUAGGAAUUCUUAGGUACUGUAUGAAGCCAUUCCCAGAAAUUCCAAGCUUUUAAAUUGUUCUUAAUUUGAAUGGCUUAAUUUAUCUGGAGUUGGUCCUUGGAAUUCUUAGUUAAUGUAUGAAGCCAUGCAGAAAUUCCAAGCUUUUAAAUUGUUCCUAAUUUGAAUGUUUUGAAAUUACUGGGAAUUCCCAAGUCCCCAGAACUUUUCCCUUAAAAAAACGAGGUUGUGUUAAACCAUUCCCAGAAAUUCCAAGUUUUUAAUUUCUUCCUAAUUUGCUGAGGAUUUAACUUUAUUUCUCCACUGAUAAUUCAUGGGAAUUUCAUGGCCCAUGAAUAUAAAAUUUGGAAUGUUUAUGAAUUUAAUGGACCAAGAAACAUACGAAAUACAUCUUUUUUGAUGACCAAAAAUUUUCAUGGCCAUGGAAAACGUUUUUCAUGGGUUGUGUAAAAGACAGUUCUAUAACUCAUGGAAAAUUUAUGGCACUGAACCAAGGCUAUGAAAUUGACAAUUGCAAAGUUCUUGACCCUGAAAAAAGAUUCAUGGGUUUUUCCUGAACAUUUCAUGGGAUUUUCAUUAAACUCAUGUUGGUAGUAGGAGAAGUUGUCGAAAAAUAUUACUGCUCAUUACGCAUGCAGGAAUGCCGAUUUGAAUUUCACACUAGUUAUGGGAACGACUAACGGAUUCAUUUUUCAAAUAACCAAUCAUUAAUAGAAUCUUGUGGGGUACGCCUGACCUGCCUUGACUGCAACCGACCUGAUUUAAAUAGUGUUGCCUAGCAGAUUUAUUGAAAUUCGUAUAAUUCAUCCAGCAUUUUAUCACUUCAUAAUUCUUUUAUUUUGCACCCACUUUAAUAGGAGCCAAGAAUGUUCUGUUGCAUGCGUUUGAUGGAAAGCCCUCUAAUGCUCUCAAGGGAGUUGAAGCAGGAUAUUAUUUCUCUAUCCCACCUUCUAUAGUCCGAUCACCUCAGGUAAGAUUUUUUAUUCAUGUUGAUGUAUUCUUUUGUGUGCAUCUAUAUGAUACCUGGAUCUGUGAAAACGUUUCUCUAAAGUAUACGUUAUAAAAACUAAGAAUACAAGCUCCAUUUUUUUCUUGUCCUUCACCUCUCUUUCUGUCUUUUUUCCCUCUCCUUUUCCUUCUUUGGUUUGAUUUUCUGGCUCGUCAAACCUCCAAAACCCGUGUUUAGUUCUAUUCUAGUUUUAUUUUAGCCUUAUUCUGGUCAGUUUUUUUCCAGUGUUUUCAAAUUUCUAGCUAGUAGAUAUACAAUCCAUACAUAGAAACCCUUUAGCCUGGGUCCCCAUAUGAUAGGAGCAGGACCCUCUUUUUGUCACUUUUAAUUUAGAAGAGUGUGAAUUGUAGACGUUGGUUUCCAGGUUGGAACAUCAUUAUUGUUACCCAUGCAGGUAUUGGUUGGGGCUAUGCAAAAUGCAAUUGGUUGUCUGAAACACACAUAACAUUGAUGACAACAUUAUCUUACAAUAAAAAUCUUUCAUGCUCUUUUAAUGGCUCUCUGUAUUAGAAAUUGAAACCUUGUGGAGUCUUAUUAAUAUUUAGCCACAGCCAGAUUGGAGUCUUUUAGAGGUUAAGUUCCUAUUUUCCAAUGAGCCCCACUCCCCCACUGUCACACAGGACCCUGCCCCUUGCCUCCUGGUCCAUAUACCUGCUACGGUAUGCCGUAUCCUUAGUAAUGAUGUUUUUACGUUUUGUUUUAGAAAGAGAAACUUGUGAAAAACGUCCCUCUCUCAAAUCUUCUUCUGGAAACAGAUUCACCCGCUUUAGCUGCUGAGAAACAGGUUAUAACUGGCUGAAGAAUUAAUAACUGCAAUCAUACAAAUCUCCUGGAGGUACUCCUGAGAAUUCUUGGUGGGGGUGCACUGCCCGGUUCUCUAAAUUCUGACUCUAUUUCAGACCAAAAAUGUCAUUUUUUAGACCCAUUUUCAGACCUGGCCUCUAAGAAAUUAUGUCAUCAUUACUUAGAUUAGAAAAGCGACAAAAAGAGAUUUCUUAAAAUCCAUUUCAAAUUCGCGUAUUUCUCUUUCUUUCUUUCUCAUUUCGUUCAUACGCUCCCGUAGUUCCCUCAAAAACCAUGCCCGAUUCCAGACCAAAAUGGGCAAAGUGUAUACCUGUUUUCGAACCAAAACGGCCCCAAAACCACAGCCUUUUGGGCGGUACGUACCUAUAUCGCUUAUGUAAGGGAGUACCAACCCCCGCGACAAAUCUUAGCAUGUUCCGCGUUGAUAGGAGAUUGGAGUGUCUUGUAUUAGAUGAGAUCCGAUCCUUCAGGUCUGGCGGAAGUAUAUAAUAAUAAUCUCGCCAUUUCUUAUGGAUUUUGAACUACAGAAUGCGACGAUAGUUCUAAGUAAAUAUUUUGGAAGCUAUAUAGAACACGUUUGCCUUUAGUGAUCGUUUAUUCCGUCGGCUCCACCUUUCCUUGUAACCAUAAUCGUUUUUAUUUCCUUUUCUUUAUAGACAAGAAAUGAACCCAAGAAUAUCCACAUCUCCUGUGAAGCAAUUGCUAGAAUCAAAGGAACGUCAGUACAGACAGUUUAUGACGAGACUACAAAAAAUGCAUUGAAGCUUUUCCCAAAACUUCACAGAUUUCUUAGAAAGUGAUUUCAAUUUUGUACACCAAGAUUUAUCUUAUUUAUGAAUACACCGGAACCCGCUAUACGGCCAUAACUGUAAAGACCACAGCACUUUUUCUGGUUUGAUCAAAGCUCGAAAACCAUACAUUUCGAUGCGUUUAGGCCUUACGUCCACACUGAUACGCUGAGCGUUUUCAUCAAAAACGCAUCGAUUUGAAAACGCUCUUGAAAGUGGAUCAAAACGAAAACGCAUUCGUAUCGUAUUAGUGGACGGUCGAAAAAGCAUCAAAAUGAAAACGAUGACCGACAAUAUCGCAGGCGCGUGUAUUUGUAGCAUGUCCGUG